UUCUUUACCCUCUUAUCUCUGCUGUUUUGAAUAUUCAGCUUCCUCUUUUUUUUCUGCCAGAUGUUUGUUUCCAUCUUGCCUCGAAGUCUGAGUUCAUAUCUCUGUUUUCUCUUCACUUCUCAUUGGGUGCGUAGCAAGAGGCGCGGCCUCUUUCGAUUCUUUCCUCGCUUCUGUCUUUCGCUCCUCUGCAUGUUACAUGGUACCCACCCCGACUUUCGGAUGACUUGAAAAGUUGUGCAGAGUUCAUCUUGACUGCUUCGUCCAAACUACUUACUGCAAAGUCAUGUCGACUCCAGAUGAAAGCGGCUCAACCAACACAACAUGCCUGGUCCUGCUGUUCAUGUUCUUGAUCCUGUUCCUCCUACUGGUGUACCUGUACUGGCGUCUGAACCGUGACAGCGAUGGCCAGUACACCGUUCGCAAGAUCGUGCUCGACGAGGGAGGCCUCCGUGACCAAAUUAGGUCAGGGGUCAUUGCCGUGGAGACCAGACUGGGUGUCCACCUGUGGCCCAGGCCUAGGGAUGAGGAGGAAGCUGUGGAAGAUGGAGAGCAGGCGAGGGAGAGGGAUGUGGAUGUGGAAAAAAGACAGAGCCAGGCAGACAUGCGUGAUGAGGGAGAGGAGGAGGUUCAGUGCAAACACAAGGAUGAAGAAGACGAGAGCUCAGAGGAUGACUACUCGAGCAUGGAUGGAGGAGACCUUCGAGAACGCGCCAGACUGAUGAAGGACAUGGAUGAGGAGGAGAGGAGAGGAGAAGGGGAAGGACAGGAAGAUGAGCCAGAGAAUGGGAGAAAGGAGGUGGUGGAGGAGGAGGAGGAGGAGGGGAAGAAUGGUGAAGGCCUGGGCUUGCUCGUCAACCUUCAGGAGUUUUCAGGCAGCGCCAUUUGGUCAGGGAAGGAGAAGGAUGAGAGCGAGGACAUUGAUCUGACCGCUCUGUGAGAAGAGAAGAAGAGAGGGAGAGAGAGAGAGGGGGAGAGGGAGAGGGAGAGAGGGAGAGAGAGAAUUCAAUUUCCUAUUUGGCCGAAUAAACAUUUUGUUAUGUGUACCUUUGUAUACAUGUGGACAUUCCAUUUAUCUGUGAAAUAUACAUGAGUAUUGGUAGCUUUGGGAUAGCUGUGGUACCUCAUGGGUAAUUUUAAAAAGUUAGAAAAUGUUUUAUUCCUACACCCACAUCUCUUCAUGAUCUCUUAUGGGUUCUAGAAACUGACCUGUAAGGAGAGACAUCAAUUUUAUACAGAAAACAACAAAGAGGAAACCCUUAAGGAGUCAAGAUUUCCCAGAAAAUAUGGUUACAAAUGUUCUUUCUCUUGUCCAUGUAGAACACAAGCCCUCAGGGAUUUUACGUAAAGCUACCUACUCUGAUGCAUCUGUCUUUGUAAAGGCCAGCUCAAUUAUCAGAUAAUUGUCAGUUCUCAUCUUAAAACAUUCUCAGGUUUAUAUUCAAAGGUACUUGUACUGGUCUGUCUCCAUGAGAGAACACUUAAACUUAACUUAAAAGCCUCUUUGUUGGUUAGGUUUCGGUUGGCUAUUUGUUUUAUUCAUGUUUUUAGCAAUGUUCAGCAUUCUUUCAUAUUUGUAUUCAUUUUUUCAACAAUGUUCAUCAUGUGGUCUUUUUAAGUGUUCGCGUAUGGGCUCAAGCUAGAAUUCAACUUAAUUUCACAAUUCACAGACUGAUUAAAAUAUCUCCUCUGUAGAAAUGGAGGUCAGCCUGAGUAUGCUGUUAAAUGAAAUCCACUCUAUGUUUACUGUUUUCUGGGCUAAAGUUGGUCUGCAUGAUGUUCAACUGUAACUGACAGAGAUAAUGUGAAACUGUUUAACAGUCUAUCCAUAAUGUGUACCUUAGCUAAACCUGACUUGCUUGUAAACAGAAUUUAAGAAAGUCUAUGACAUAACCGAAUAGAAAGGAGACGAGUUAAAAUAACAGAAGCUUAAAGGUUUUGUGUUUUCAGUUGAUGCAUUGUAAGGAAAAGUUGUACAGGCUUGUGGACAUUCUUAGUUUAAUAUCACUUAUAAACUAGCGGGUAUGUCUUAUUGCUAA